UGGAGAUCACAAAUACCCUUCAUCUCCAUUUCUCACCUCUCAACCUUCCUUUAACUCACCCAUCAUUCUUUUUUCAUCGAUCGACACACAGAAGCAAAAAAAGAAGAAGCAUCAAUGGCCUCCACAUCUGCAGUUUCCAUGGCUAUGCCAUUGACCCACAAGACUGCGCUCCCACCAUCGAACUCCUUCUUUAACCCAUUGACACUCAAGGUUUCUUCGUCUAAGAUAGUGGCUGCACCAUCCAAACGAUUGGUGGUUCAGAGCUCUUUGAAGGAGAAGGCAGUGACGGCUUUGACCGCCGCAGCUCUAACGGCGUCGAUGGUGGUUCCUGAUGUAGCAGAGGCGGCGUCUAGUGUUACUCCGUCGCUGAAUAACUUCUUGCUCAGCAUUGGGGCUGGUGGUGCCGUGCUUGUUGCCAUUUUGGGAGCUGUGAUUGGUGUUUCCAAUUUUGAUCCUGUGAAGCGUGGCUGAGCUAAUGUUUAUGUUAUCCUUUUGAAAAUUUUAUUUUUGUGAUUGGUGUAUUUCUCUUCUGGUGAUUUCUCUGUGUAUUAUGUGUAUCUUCUUUAUAAAACAAACUUAUUAAUCUUAA